UGAAGGCCGGGGUGGAGUUAUCGAACGCACUCUCCUCUCCGAGGAAACGGGAUGCAGGCUAGCUCCGGUAACGGUUUCAUUUACGGUUAUUAUCCACUCCCGGGACGAUGACACAAAAUAACGUUACCCACCGGACGUUAGAAUCAGCCCCAGCUAACGGAAACCGGAGACGCUGUUUGGCGGGAAGCCCGGCUGUGUGUCGGUUUGUUGUUUAGGUUAGCUGCCGCGCUAGCUCGCUACUAGCUAGCAGCCUGCUUCUGUUAACGGUUCGCUGGGAGUUAGCCUCGGAGGAGGCAGCUAACCGCGGCCCGGUUAAAGUCACGUUAAAUCUCCCCCGGGACUUUCCCCACAACGAUGGACGGAGACGCGCGGCUGUAGGAGAAACGACGCCGGGUAAACCUGCAGGAUGCGCUAGCGGAUGUAGUUAGCAUCAGGCCUGAACACCAGCACGCCUCCUUGCUUCCUUUCCUCCCUCCUUCCUCCCUCGCUACCACAGGAGCACAGACUCUCCUCUCCCGUGAUCAGGAUGGAGUCAGCCCUGAAUGCCCUGCCGCAGUUCCCGGAAAACACCUACAAGAUGACCGAGGAGGACGUGAAGAGGCUGAUCGAGUUCAGGGCGUCCAACGAGGCUCUGUUCACCGGGAAAAGAAACUCUGCCAAGAUAGCGUGGAGCACCAUCUUGAAGGGCCUCGGCCUCGAAGGGAAGCUGACCGCAGACCAGAUCGCCAAGAAGUGGGACAACCUGCGGACAAAAUACAAGGACCUGAAGCAGCCCUACCAGGGCCAGGACAACAUCGGGGGGGUCGUAGAGUCGUGGCCCUGGUUCCACAUCAUGGACGAAGCCAUGCAGGGUCGCCUCUACAACAGCAACCUGGUGCUGAGCCCGGAGACCGCCGCCGGUGCCGGUCACCGGGGGACCAGCCAGCACAACCAGAGUCAGGAGAACACCGACAUCCUGGAGUUCCUCAUCAAGACGGAGAUGGAGGACACGGUGGCAGCAGAAACCGCCGAGGAUGAUGGGACGGCUCACACGGAGGCGCCUCCUGCUGAGGGAGUCCCGAUGGGCUGGAGGAGGAUGAGCGAGUGCUCCUAUAAAAUGACCGAACCAGAAACUGAAAGAAUGAUCAAACUUCGAGCUGCGAACGAAGCUCUCUUCACCGGCAGGAAACAUUCGGCCAAACCGGCUUGGAGAGCCAUUCUUUAUGAGCUGGGCCUUCAGGGGAAGCUGACCACAGAUCAGUUAGCAAAGAAGUGGGACAACCUGAAGAGGAGAUACAAGGAGUUGAAGUUUCCUGCUCGCGGCGUGGAGACGAACCCGAGCUCCUGGCCCUGGUUUUACCGAAUGAACGACGCCAUGGAGGGACGAUUCGCCGGGGCGGCGCCCAUCCUCACGCCCAUCGUGGAGGACGAAGACGAGGAUUGUGAGCCCCUGUCGCCAACGCCCAAGAAACGAGCACGCCGGAGCCGAGGGGGAAUGGCCGAGUUCCUGACGGAGUCGGAGAUGGACCUGCUGGUUGAUAACGAAGAGAAGAACGGGUCCUCGGCUCUGGGAGAUCUGCACCGCAUGGCCGAGUUCACAUACAAAUUGACAGAGGAAGACACCAGGAGACUAAUUGAGUUACGAGCUGCGAACGAGUCUCUGUUUACUGGGAGGAGGAACACCGCCAAGCCGGCCUGGAGGGGAAUAGUGAAGGAGAUGGGUCUGACGGGGAAGAUAACACCGGACCAGGUCGCCAAGAAGUGGGACAACCUGAAGACCAAAUUCAAGGACCUGAAGUUUCCUCCUCGGGGGAUGGAGGGCCAGACUAACCCGGCCUCCUGGCCCUGGUUCCAGCUGAUGAGCGACGCUCUGGAGGGACGGCUGUCGGGAAAAGCUCCCAGAGUGACGCCCGUCUGGAGCAGCGAGGAGGACGGCGUCUUCGGCUCGUCGCCGCCUCCCGACAGAGACUGUUUGCUGGCAGAGAGGAGCAGCGUGUCGGAGCUGGAGAGCAUGGUGGGGGGGGACGCCGCCGAGGCUGAUGGGAACGUUACCUACAUCGACGCCAGUGGGGAGGAGUGUUCGACGCCCUCAGACCUGUCCUAUAAAAUGUCGGACCAGGACACCCGGAGGAUGAUUAAACUGCGAGCUUCUAACGAGUCGUUGUUCACCGGGAGGAGAAACGCUGCCAAAGCUGCGUGGAAGGCCAUCCUGAAGGAGCUCGGGCUGCAGGGGAAAGUCUCAACCUACCAGAUGGCAAAGAAGUGGGACAAUCUGAAGAGGAGAUACAAGGAUCUGAAGUACCCUCCUGUUGGGAUGGAGAGCGUAGCGGACGGCACCUCCUCCUGGCCGUGGUUUCACCUGAUGAAUGAGGCCAUGGAGGGCCGUCUGGCGAGCAGCGCCCCCCUCCUCACCCCCGUCACUCAGGAUGACGAGCAGCACCCUGACCCCGCCCCGAAACACAAGUCCCGCCCCGCCCCUCCGCCCCCCACCUCCUCAUCAGACUACGGACAGGAGCCGUUUGACGCCGCCGCCACCGCCGAGCAGAACCAGCAGAGAAGCUCGGAGGCGUGCGACGGGCCGCUGGGAGGACUGGAGCGGGAGUGGGAGAUGGUGGAGCGGGAGAGGGCGGCGAUGGAGCGGGAGAGGGAGAUGGUGGAGCGAGAGAGGGCGGCGGUGGAGAGAGAGAGGGCGGCGGUGCAGGCUGAGAGGCUGUGGCUGGAGAGGGAGAGGGCGGCGGUGGAGCGGGACCGAGCCAUGGUGGAGCAGGAGAGAGCGACGCUGGGCCGAGAGAGGGAGGUGCUGGACCAGAGAGCCUUGAUGCUGAACUCUGUAGGACACUCCGGACACCUCAACGCCCUCAUGUAGGCCGCCGCGCUCUGGGGAUGUAGACCGUCCCUCUAGAGACAUGCUGGUCUGUCGUGGUCUGGACCUUCAGGAGGGAACCACGCUGACAGACGGGCCACAGAGGAGACCCGGUGAACCCGCUGAGGUCAAAGCCACGUUUUGGAUGUAGAGACGUGGCUGUAGGUCUUCCACACAGAGCCGGGGGGGGGGGCGGGGGACGGGUCCCGGAGAGCACCCGGCGACGUAGACCAGUUUAGCAGGAGGGCUGCACAAUCAGGAUCACAUGAUCUCAAUCAGGAUAUUUAAUGUGUGAUUUGGAUUUUUUAAGUGUUACUGGAAGAUAUUUGAAGUUUUAAAAGAUCCAAUAAAUCGUUUUUUGUUUUUUUUUUAUCAGAAAUGAUUAAUACAGAUUCUUUAGUUUGUUUGUUUUUACGACACAGAGACGUUUCAGCUCGUCACUGACACCGAUAUAUUUUGGAGGUCUAGCUCUGGUCUCCUGUUACUAGUUACUCACCUGUAGAAUCUGUCGAUUACUGAGGCGGCGUAAAGCGUCCGAUACGCUCCAACAGAAGCUCAUCAGGCGGUCGAACUGCGUCUGAAUGCCGCCCGCACCUUUCAGACGCCAGAGUCCACCUCCAGAAAUGUGAAACGUGGCGGUCUCUGAGUUGAUGGGUGGCUCCUUGGCGGAUGGUACCUCCACCCAAGUAGUCACCGGCGAGAGACGAGUAAUGUUUAGAUCCUGUUUGAAUUGUGACCUGAAUCACACACACGUGAUGUUUGUCAGUUUAAAAGAUCAGAAGUUUGUCGUAAAACUAAAAAGUAAAGUAUCAGUGAAACCUCAGAAGAAACUGUGAUCUUGUGUCGAUGAAACACCUUUUUAUGUUUCUAUGAAACCACACAAAAAUGUCACACUUGAAACUAACGGGGGAAACGGUGUUCAGAUUUCAGGUUGCAUUCGAACGCCUCUAAACGUUUGUUCCAAAUGAGGGCGCCUUAACGCCGCUGCUCAGAGAGCGUGUUGUCUGGUUUAUAUGUGAUAACACGUGGACGCUCUCUGAAGAGGAGACAAACGAUAGAACCUGCAGUAACUCUCUCUGCCAACAAGGUGGACCGAUUAUUAUAUCGCUCAACAGGAAUCAAGUCAUUCCCACUUUCUAACCUUUCUAUUUGGCGUCCUGCUGUGUCGACAUCAUUAAUAUGCUGCGGCCAGUUUGAUUUGAAAUCACUGCAUGUAGUACUUCAAGUAUUUGUAUAUUACGACAUCGAGCUGAAGGCAGUUUACUCUUUCUGAUCCUGCCUCUUCUCUUUUCCCCCACUUUACGUUAAUGCAUCAAACUGAUUCCAUCGCUCUUCAGUGUGUAAAGUAACACGAGGAUGAAACCAAACAUCACUUCUUCACCAAAACUCCAAAUAGAUAUUUAACACGUUGAGACGCCACAAACCACUGAGCGUAAAAAAAACAAAGCAAAAUCCUGAUUAAUGAUUGUGCAGCUCUACCUGUUUAGACCUCCGGGGGUGGAGACUGACCUCCGGGGAUGGAGACUGACCUCCGGGGAUGGAGACUGACCUCCGGGGAUGGAGACUGACCUCCGGGGUUGGAGACUGACCUCCGGGGAUGGAGACUGACCUCCGGGGUUGGAGGCCACUUUGCACUGAUGUAGAAAGUCAAACAUAAGCAGUUUGUAUUGGACCUGAAUCUGCAUUAAAAUCCUCUUGUUCA